ACAAGAUCUUCACUCAAACAACUCUACUCUACUCUACUCUAUACAUCGCCACUCAUACAAACCAAACACCACAACAAUGCCUUCUGCAUCCAAGACUUCCCAGGCCACCCGUCUCCAAAACGACUUCGGCGCGGAUUACUGGGUUCGCAAUCCCGCUGAGGAGCACCGCCGCCCCACUGCUGGACGAGGCCUUUUCGCUGGUCUCCAAGAUACCAAGCACUACAACGUGGAAUCCGGCUGGGCUCGUCGCAAGUCUUCUGCCGAGUCGACUGGGAUUCUGGGAUCGCUCUGGAGCCGGUAA